CCCAAGUCUCUCGCUAAAGUUGUACCAAGGAAGAAGCUUCGUCGGCGCCUGAGACUGUUGAGAAAAAGCUCCGAUAAUGGCGUGGAUGCAAAUAGUACAGAGCGCGAGAUCUGUUCUAAGGACAACUCAACCUUCUUCGACUCCAAUACUCUCCAGAUUCUAUUCCAAAUCCGCUCCUUACGCAGUGAAGGUUGGGAUCCCUGAGUUCUUGAGUGGGAUUGGUGGAGGAGUUGAGAGCCACGUUGCCAAGCUUGAAGCUGAGAUUGGUGAUCUUUCGAAACUGCUCGUGACUCGUACCCUCAAGCUCAAGAAGUGUGGCGUCCCUUGCAAACAUAGGAAGCUGAUACUGAAAUAUAGCCAGAAAUACAGGCUGGGGCUUUGGAAACCUAGAGCUGACGCUAUAAAGGCCUGAUUGGAUCGUUAUUGUGACUCUCUGUAACGCGUGUGGUUUUUGCUACUGAAAUGAAUUGUUCUCAAAAUGAUCUUAUUUGAAACUCGGUACUUAUUUUUCUGCGUUCAUGUACUUGUUAUCUCCAUGGGUCUAGAAACAAUAAAGCCAUACUUGACAAUCCUAAAGCAGUGUGUUUUUUGAA